AUAUAAAACCCACGUUGCGGCCGUGACACUGCGGCUUAUAACUAAUAUAGAGGCAAUCUAUAUGUAUAUAGUCAUACACACAUGACACACGUUGUGUAGAUUCGCUCGAAACUCGCAGCUGAGCGCAGUUUCUGCGGAUGUAUAGAGAGCCGGGUAACUUAACCUCAAAACUUUUCCUCUUGCAAAGUAUUGCGCGAAGUGAAAUCUUUGACGUGUUUGAUCAAAGUUUCGGCAAGGAAUUAACUCGAGCCUUCGGUGUCGACGGGCACGUAGACGGGCACGAAGACUUCUAAAACUACUACUUAGUUAUGCUGUGCAACGUGCAAAAAGUUCAGCGAAUGGAGACGAGAUUUCCCCUGGUCUCUGGCGAACACUUUGCCUUUAGAAAGUCACAUUAUAGAGUGAAAUAGUCCUGCAAAGAGAGACUGUUUUAGUUAUUAAAAAACAUUUUUAGUUCUAUUAUCCUUUUGUUAGUUUUAUUUACAAAGUUGUUCGUCCUGUAGUAGCCGUGUGUAUUCGUUUUCGAAAGGUUAGGAAUUAUUCUUGAUUGUACAGAACAAAGGAAAAUUAAUCGAGUCGAAUUAUCCACCAUUUCAACUGUCAAGUGAAUCAAAGCAAAGAUGAAGCUGUUAGAUUUGGAAAAGUUCCAGCAGCUCCAAAGCUCAUUGGACUCCAUUCGAAACAUCUGUAUUUUGGCUCAUGUUGAUCAUGGGAAAACCACGUUGGCAGAUUCUUUGGUUGCCAGCAACGGCAUCAUCUCCAACAAAUUGGCAGGAAAAUUACGCUACCUUGACAGUAGGCCAGAUGAACAACUGCGUGGCAUAACCAUGAAGUCCAGCCUUAUUACGUUGUACCAUCUGUACGAUAAUUCAGAGUUUAUCGUGAAUCUUAUAGAUUCCCCUGGGCAUGUGGAUUUUGCAUCCGAAGUAUCGACAGCUGUGAGAUUGUGCGACGGUGCCAUAAUUGUAGUGGAUGUUGUAGAAGGUGUUUGUCCUCAAACGCGUAGUGCUCUGUCAAUUGCGUAUAUUGAAGGUUUAAAACCUGUUCUAGUCCUCAAUAAAAUAGAUAGAUUAAUUACAGAGAUGAAACUGUCCCCACUGGAUGCCUACGUCCAUUUGAACCAAGUAUUGGAGCAGGUGAAUGCUGUCAUGGGAGAAUUAUUUACAAGCGAUAUCAUGGAAAGGGACGAAGAAAAUGAUGAUGUUAAAUCGAGCCAGGCAGAGACCCUGGGUGAAAGGAAUUUAGCGGAUUGGCAGUCAGCUCUAGAGGAGAUAGAUGAUUCAAAUUUAUAUUUCUCUCCAGAGCAAGGAAAUGUUUUGUUUGCAAGUGCUAUCGAUGGAUGGGGCUUUGCCAUCAAAGACUUUGCCAAAAUUUUCUCCAAGAAGCUGGGAUUCAGUGAGAAAGUCUUAUCAAAAACCCUAUGGGGUGAUUACUACAUAAAUUCAAAGACUAAAAAAAUCAUGAGAGGAGCUCAGGAAAAAGCUAAGAAGCCUCUUUGUGUUCAGUUUAUUUUGGAAAACCUAUGGGCCAUGUACGACACAGUGGUUGUUAGAAAAGACAAAGAAAAGGUUGCAACUAUGGUAGAAAAAUUGAACAUCAAAUUGACUGCAAGAGACCUAAGACACUCGGAUCCAAAAGCUCAGCUGCACGCUAUAUGCACGCAAUGGUUGCCUCUGGCCAAGGCAUGCCUCGAUAUGGUCUGUGAAAAUGUUCCAUCUCCUAAUAAAUUGCCUAGUGAGAAAGUUGAACGACUGAUCAGUUGCAGGGAGGAAUUUUCAUCCAUGCCGGACGAAACGCAGGCGUUGAAACAAGCAUUUUUAGAUUGCAUUGCCGAUGAAAAAGCACCCGUCAUCAUUUUCAUUUCCAAAAUGUUCCCAGUAGACAGGAAAUCUCUGCCAGAAAACAAGCCAAAACCUCUGACUGAAGAAGAAUUGAAACAGCGUAGAGAGCUAGCAAGGCAGAGGCAUGCCGAUAAAUUGGAAAAGGAAAGAUUAGAGGACACUAUGCCCCUCAAAGAUGCAGACGGAUCCUCUGCUAAAAAGGAGAUGGAAGAAGAUAAGCAAGAAGAGGAAGAAGCUUGCGAGGAUUGUUUGAUCGCUUUCGCCAGAGUUUACUCAGGAAGCGUGAGUAUAGGCAGCGAACUGUAUGUGUUGGGACCAAAACACGAUCCCAGGAUCGCUUUGGAACGAGAAAAAUCAGGCGAGGUAAUCGACGCCGCAACUCAGCUGAAAGAUUUGAAACCCGGUAGACACAUUACAAAAGUAACCAUUUCGAAAUUGUACCUCCUCAUGGGCCGAGAACUGGAGCCCAUUACCAAAGUUCCAGCGGGAAACGUCAUAGGCAUCGGCAAUCUGGAAGAGCACGUACUGAAAACAGCGACCCUCUCCUCGACUGUGGCGUGUCCACCUUUCUCCGAAUUGACUUCACUAGCAGUUCCGAUACUCAGGGUAGCCUUGGAACCGAAACAUCCCAACGACUUGCAAAAAUUGGUGAACGGCUUAAAGCUCUUAAAUCAAGCCGACGCCUGCGCACUCGUUCACAUCCAAGAAACAGGUGAAAUAGUACUCAACACGGCAGGUGAAGUCCACUUGGAGAGGUGUCUCGAAGACCUGAAGCUUCGAUACGCCAAGGUCGAGAUCAACGUCUCGGAACCGAUAGUCUCCUACCGAGAAACGGUGGUACCGCCUCCGAAAGUCGACAUGGUGAACGAAGCUAUAGCCGAGCAGAAAACCGACGACGUCAAGCUGGACACGUGGACGUGGAAUCGUCAGUGCUACUUCGAAAUCGACGCUAAACCACUGCCAGAAGCGGUUACGAAGCUGUUGGAAAACAACGCGGAACUCAUAAAGGAGCUGGACAGAUAUUACAGCGGUAAGAGAGAAGAUGCUAACGAGCUGCCUGAUUUAUCGACGCUGAAUUUGGAAUCGUCGGCCUUGACGCAGAAAAUGCAGAAGAACGUGGAAACGUUCAAAAGCGAGCUGCUCAACGCGUUCAAGGAAGCAGAAUGGGAAGAGGAUAUUCUGGAGAAAAUCUGGUCGUUCGGGCCCAGAAAAUGCGGGCCCAAUAUCUUCCUGAACGAGAGCACUUUCGUGAGGAAACCGUUCUGGGACCAUCAGAAUAAAUCUACCGACCCUCGUGACGCGUACUACAACAGCAUGAUAAACGGCUUUCAAUUAGCGACCCUGUCCGGGCCGCUCUGCGAAGAGCCGAUGAUGGGCGUCUGCUUCGUCCUGAAGAAGUGGGAGAUUUACGAAGAUCCGCAAGGACCAACAAACACCUCGUCUCAGAGUCAUCUCGGCGGACAAUUAAUGUCAGCGUGUAAUCAGGCCUGCAGAAAAGCAUUCAGCUUGCGGCGACCUCGACUCGUCACGCCCAUGUACUCCUGCAGCGUACUAGUCAACUCCGACGUUCUCGAGCAAAAAGCAAACGACGUCUCGCAGUCGGGACGACGACGGAGUGUCUGCCUUGGCAGACGCGACGAUCCUCCAGCGACAACAGGUCCAUUCAGAGCUCGUCAGCCGGCGUCAAUCUCAGCAAUCACGCACGUCCUGUGUAUCCAUCGCGGAGAAUCCACCGCUCGGAAAGCUGUACGCGGUGUUCGGCAGGAGACAAGGUCGAGUGAUCGCAGCGGACAGCGCUGGUUUCGGUGGUCAAUUUCGUGUUCUCGCACUUCUACCUGUGCCCGAGAGCUUUCAUUUGGCCAACGAGCUGCGCACACAGACUUCCGGACUGGCCAGUCCUCAGCUCGUUUUCAGUCACUGGGAGGUGAUCGAGCAGGAUCCGUUCUGGGUGCCGUCGACGGAAGACGAGUACCUGCACUUCGGCGAGAAGGCGGACAGCGGAAAUCGCGCCAAAAAGUACAUAGACGCGGUGCGUCGCCGGAAGGGACUUCCGCUCGACUCGCAGCUCGUCACUCACGCCGAGAAGCAGCGCACGCUGUCCAAGAAGAAGUAGAGCCGCUUUUCUUCUUUUCCCGACUAGGUGCAGGCUUAUCUCUCCGCAGCUUGAUGGAUGGGCCUUUUGUCGGACGACUCGGCGAGAAGAUUCAUAAACAGACAAGAUUUUCUUUGCCUUCCUUUUAUACGUCUUGUACCCGCUGGCGAGGGAGUUUAGUGGGAAUCACUGCGCUCGCGGACUGAUGAUGAUUAUGAUGCAGCGUCAAUGAAUUCUUUCUUUUUGUUAUUCUAAUAAACGUCUCUCGUUCAUUCGAUGAUUGAGACGAGCGAGUGAAUGCGCUAUGCCGUGGAACAAUUGUACAUAAAAUUGUGACGUCCCUUUGAUACGGGCCUUAUAUUAUACGAUAGCGAAGAUCGCAGCUUAUUUUUUAUACUCGUAUAAAAAGACUGUGGUAGAUUUCAACGUGCGGACCUUGCGAUCGUUCCGCGAUUUCCACUUGAAUCCUCCGACCGGCACGGAUAUGGUUUGCACUCCUAUAUUAUCACUGUUAUGCAAAGAGAAAUAAAUGUUGCAUUAUACAUUUUUUUUAAA